AUGGAUUUAUUUUGUGAAAUCAUUAAAGAAAAGGAAAAACUCGUAGCAGAAAAAAAGAUUUACUUAAUAGCAGAAAAUGAAGGGGUAAUCGCCAUUUUAGACAAAUUCCCGGCAAGCGAUGGUCAUACUUUACUGAUUACCAAAAAACAUUUUUCUAAUAUCAGCGAGCCUAUCAGAGCAUUCCCCACUUUCAUCUCCACAUUAUUCCUAAGUAUGAAAAAGAUAAAGGCAGUUAAUAACAACGAAAAAGAAAAAGAGAAUAAUACACCGCCGCACGAAGAAAAAAUGAAUAAGCAAUUGGAAAGGAGUGAAAAAAGUACUUCGGAUGCAAUAAGAACUUUAGAAGCAAUUUUUGGUCCAAUAAAUAGGAAACCCAACAAUAAUGACAGAGAAGAAGGAGGAGGGGGGGGGGAUAACCCUCGCAAUAAUGAUCACGGCGGUCAGCCUACCGGUUCCAGCAUUGAAAAGCAGCAGAGAGUUUUCACUAAAGCCAAAGAAUUAUUAAAAAAAAACGCAGUUAAGGGAGAAAAAAAACCAAUUGCUAUUGUGAUUGAAGAAAUUGACUCCGUAGGAACUAAAGGCAAUGACUUAAAUAUUAUCGUAAUUGCUACUACUAAUAAUCCAGAAGUAUUAAACGAGGCCUUGGUUCGACCAGGUCGAUUAGGUCGUCGGAUUACAAAAGCAGUAGGUAGUUGUUUAGAAACCGCUGUCGCAGAGGACAACCCUAAAAUUAUUCCUGAUGUCCAAGAUUUUGAAGAAAGUUUGCGAGAAACCCUACAAACACGGAAAAAGGACAAAUAUAGCAAAUUACUCCAAGAGGGAGGAUUAUUUUUUUAUGGAACUACCAGAGGAAGUUUUAUUUUACCUCCGGCUGGUUAUGCCUUGUGGAAAAAUAUCCAAAGCGUUUUGGAUAAAAAAUUUGCUGCCCGCGGGGUGAAAAAUGUUCUUUUACCAACCCUUAUUCCACUUGACUUAUUAGAAAAAGAAAAAAAACAUGUUGCUGGGUUUAGCCCUGAAUGCUUUUACAUUGAAAGAAUCGGAGAAAAAAAAAUUGAGAAUCCUUUAAUUUUAAGACCUACCAGCGAAGUUUUGGCAGAAAAAAAUACUAGUCCUUUUUUUCGAAAUACUGAAUUUUUGUGGCAAGAAGGUCAUACUUUACAUAGUAACGAAAAAGAAGCAAAGGAAUUUGCUUUAAAUAUCCUUUCUGACUAUCAGGAUUACGCUGAAAAAACACUCUGUCUCGGAGUAAUAGUUGGUAAAAAAACUGAAGGAGAAAGGUUUGCUGGAGCAUUGGAAACUUACACAGUAGAAUGUCUGCUACCAGAUGGACAAUGUUUACAAUUUGCCACCAGCCACUACUUUGGCGAUAAUUUUUGCCGCUUAAUGGGAUUAAUUUUACCUUUUGAUAUUGCUCCUGUGCAAAUUGCUUUUGUAAUUAUUAAAGAAAGUCCGGAAUUGUUUAAUUAUUAUUCAGAAAUAAGCAGUUUGUUGACUCCUUAUUUUCGCUGCCAAUUAUAUAAUAAAAGUUCCCGUGAUAAUUUAAAUAUACUCCAAGCUGACAAAGAAGGCUGUCCAUUCAAAAUAAUAUUAGGAGAUGAAGAACUAAAAAAAGAAGAAAUUACCCUAGUCAGGAGAGAUAAUGUUGAAAGAAGGAUCACAAUUAACUUACAAGAAAGUGAAGCCGAAAAAAAACGUUUACUUGCUCUGGAAAAAUACUUGGAAGGUCAAAGUAAAAUUAUUUCAGAAAAAUGGACGGAAGAAAAAUUAACCGAACACCAAAAAAUGAUGAUAAACUCAUACAAAAAGGGAGCCAGAAGCGGGAAAAUUUUUGAAGUCAUCACCAGGGAAAAAGAAGAAUUUAAAAAAAACAUUUAUCAAAAAAGCGCUGAUUUUCGCAAUAAGCACACUUUUCUAAUAGAUAAUUAUCCGGAACUUGAAAAAAAGAUUAAAGAAGGAAUAAUCGGUCUAUUUUUAAUCCCUUUUUGCAAUAAAUUAAACUGCGAAGAAGAGAUAAAAAUAAAAAUUCCGGCUUAUAGUAUUAGGUGUAUUAAAGAACUAGGUCUUUCAGAAAAGAAAAAAAUGUUGGAUCUAAAAAAGUGCUUAUUUUGUAAACAACUAGCAGAAAAUAUGAGAAAAAGAAUAAUGUAUGAAUUACCAUGGCCAACAAAAUAUUUAUCAAAUAUUCCUGUGCCAGUAAGGCACAAAAAAUAUAGAGAGAUUUAUGAGUUAAAAAAUUAUGAAGUAAAAAAAUCUUCUUUAUCUCUUUCUGCUAGAAGUAAAGUAAUUGAUAAAAGUGGCAGCAAUUAUGUAAGUGAAAAUACAGAGGGUUAUGGACCUUGCACUGAUGGUCGCGGUGCAAAUGAUUGUUAUUGUUCUCGCGAGGAACUACUAAGACAGAGAAAUACAUUUACUACUAAUGUAAAUAUAAACAACAUACAGCAAAUUAUUAACGUAAAAUUUCCUUCUACUGGUUGCAUCUUUAGACUAAGACUUACUAUCGUAAAUCAAGGCGGCUAUUCAAGGUCGAAAGAAUAUAAUAGUGUUGAAGAGGCUAUUAAUUCGGCUCCUAGAAUUACCUCAGGACAAGACUUUCCCGAUGAAUAUGUAGAGGACGCAGGUUUUUGGGCGACAGUAGGAACAUUAGGAAUGGUUUAUGCUGUUCCAAAUUGGAGUGCUUCUUACAAAAUAAGAAGUGCGGCUGCUACUGCUCUUCAAUCAGCUAUUCAGAAUUACCAAAACGGAAGUAACGUUAAUGGUUGA